GGCGGAGUUGAAGUCCUGUUCUCCAAUAAGCGCAACCAAGUGACCACACUUCCAGCAAUCGCGCCGUCAUCUGGAACACACCCAGAGCGGCCUGCAGACCUCCGAUACCUCAUACGAUGGAUGUCUGAUAACCUAUUGACUGAUAGGAAGGAGCUGUUUAUGGAUGGAGAGACUGUACGCCCGGGGAUCCUCGUGCUUGUAAACGAUACAGAUUGGGAGCUGGAAGGAGAACUGGACUAUGAACUGAAGCCUGGGGAUGAAAUCGUUUUCAUUUCGACCCUGCAUGGUGGUUAG